CUUGGGACCUUGCCGAGGGACCGGUCCGACCGGAGCCCGUUUCCUUCCUGGCUCCUGCCGCAGCCCCGGUACCUCCCGCGGGGCCGGGGCCAUGGCUGGGUCGUUGCUCCCGCCACGCUCAGCCCCGUGAGUUUCCUCUGGCGGCCUCAGCGCCCCGGGGCAGGGCUGGAGACGGCUCCGCGGGACCGGGGGGGGCACGGAGCGUAGGGGCACGGGACGUGAGAGUUCCUCCCAGGAGCGGGAUGGGAGCGGGCAAGGGAUGAGUCCGGAGCCCGGCUGACUCAGCUGAUCGGUACGAGCAGGGGCUGGGCUGCAGGUUGGGCUGCUGGGCCUGUCGCCCGCGGCCACCGGAGCGUGUCGGAAUCUCGCGGGUCCUGACUGGAAGGGGACGGGCGCGGUGUCGUCCUGCCCUGCAGAUGCAGUGGGAGGUACGAGGCGUCCAUUCCCAGCAGAGCAGCUGCCCAGGCCACUCAGCCCCCAGCACAGCAGUGUCACUCGCAGGCCCAGGCACCCAGCCCUGAGCCAUGGCACUGCUCACCCACCUUCUGGCCUGUGCCUUCGGCAUGGGCUCCUGGGUGGCCAUCAACGGGCUGUGGGUAGAGCUGCCACUGCUGGUGACGGUGCUGCCGGAGCAGUGGUACCUCCCCUCCUACAUCACCAUCAUCAUCCAGAUGGCCAACGUGGGACCACUCUUUGUCACCCUCAUGAAUUGCUUUCGGCCUGGCUUGCUGAAGGAGGUGGCUGUUAUCUAUGUGAUCGUGUCCGUCGGUGUUGUGGCCUGCUUGCUCCUGGCUUUCCUCUGGAGCCACACAUCCCUCAUUGCCGGGACAUCCCACAGCAUUCCCUUCCUAAUCCUUACCUUCUUCCUGGCCCUGGUGGACUGCACCUCCUCCGUCACCUUCCUGCCCUUCAUGAUGCAGCUGCAGCCCCAGUACACAAACACCUUCUUCAUAGGUGAAGGGCUAAGUGGGCUGGUCCCUUCUCUCAUUGCCCUGGGCCAGGGCUCUGGUAUCUCCAGCUGCACCAAUGUCAGCUACAAGGUCAACAUCACUACUGGCAACGAGACUGUGGAGAGCACCAUCUUCCAUCUGGAGACCCACUACCUCCCACCCAACUUCUCCACCUUCAUCUUUUUCCUGCUCAUGACUGCAAUGAUGCUGACCUGCUUGCUGGCCUUCUUCUUCCUCACCCGGCAGCCCAAGGUGUGGGAGCUCUCCCAGCAGCACCUCUUUCCCAGCAACAUUGUGCUGAACUCAUUUGACCAGAUCCUUGACGAGGGAGCUGACUCGCACCUGAGCAGAGGCUGCUCAUGCCCAAAGGAUCCCAAGGGACCUGGGGACAUCCUGCCACAGAAGGUCUCCUACUCCCUAACCCAGCUCACCCUCAUCUAUCUCCUCAUCGCCUGGGUGAACGCCCUGACAAAUGGGGUCCUGCCAUCCGUGCAGUCCUACUCCUGCCUGCCCUACGGACACACCACCUACCACCUGGCAGCCACGCUCAGCUCCAUAGCCAACCCCCUGGCCUGCAUCGUGGCCAUGUUCCUGCCCAGCAGGUCCCUGACCCUGAUGGUCCUCCUCACUAUGGCAGGGACAGGCUUUGGUGCCUACAACAUGGCCAUUGCAGUGAUGAGUCCCUGCCCGCUCCUCCAGCAGUCCCAGUGGGGCGAUGUCAUCAUUGUCCUCUCCUGGGUGCUGUUCACCGGGACGCUCUCCUACAUGAAGGUGAUGGCCGGGGUGAUCCUGCGGAGCCGCAGCCGCAGCGCGCUGGUGUGGUACGGGGUGCUGGAGCAGCUGGGCUCCCUCCUGGGGGCACUGCUCAUGUUCCCCCUUGUCAACGUCUAUGGCCUUUUCAAAUCUGCUGACUACUGCAGCCUGCAGUGCCCAGCGUGAGAGGGGUGGACGCCCCAAGACCGCUGCUCUUGCCGGCAUGAACUCCCAGAACCAGCGAGGCUGGCUGGCUGGGAAACAGCACUGGGACCAGGACACAGCUCCUUGAUGGACUCUGCCAGGGCGCA